AGCAAUCAGCUCGACGCUGACGCCGGCGCGCAGUGGGACGAUGGUCGGCACCGCCGGGCUCGGCGACGGAGGCCGCAGCUAGCCUACGAGUCCAUUAGCGGUAGUGAUGCCAGUGACUCCAGUCAUGAAGAGACCGACGACCGUGUAGCUCGGCCGCCUCGAGCCUCCUCCAUGCGCAGCCAGCGCAUGCGCUCGAUCGCGGCGAUGUCCAAGCUGCAGCACGACGCCGCCACCACGAUCCAGCGACUCGCACGGCAGGCGCAGGACCUGCUCGACGUUUUUCUGCUUCAGGAGGUGGCCAGCAUCGUGCCGACUUGCUUGCUUGACGUCCUCCGAGAGACAUGCAUGCAGGAGGCUGAGACGACCAAGCGCAGACAAGACCUCGCGACCUCGCUGGCCGGCGGUGUGCUCUCGUCGCUGAUCGACGAGUGUAUCCACGACGUCUUCCAUGACGUGCUGCAGGCCAUGGUCAAGUCAUACUUCGCCCAGAAGAUCGACCUGUCUCGAGCUGCGACCCCACCGGCGCUCGCCGUGGCUGCCGACAUUCUCGACGACUGGACUAAAGAGCUCGUAGCCGACUUGCUCCCAGAAGCACUCGCGGAACUGGCGUCCGAAUACACCGCACGGCAACAGCAUGAGGUCGUAUGGGAGUCCCUAGUGCACGACCAGCUCCGAUCCAUCGCAUCCGAUGCCAUCGUCGAAGCCACACCUGACUCCACCAUAAGUCGACCGAACUCCCCAAGCUCCACUAACCCAGUUUCAACUCAUUAG